UUUCCAAUUCCUUCGUCGUUUCUGGCUUCCCGACCAGAUUAAGUAACAUUGUUUGUUUACCUCUUGGUUGAAUAACAUAAUCACCUAUUGCGGUUAGCUUCAGUUUUUCUGUCGCAUCAUCAAAUUCCAUUGUAGAGUGUAAUAGUGUCGUAGGUUCCCUUACGUCAUCUGCCCCAAUUUCGUCAAACGAAUGACGUUUGCGUUUUCCAGAAAAAAUUCCCUUUUUCUAAAGUCAAUUCUCGCCCUUUGCUCCUCUAAGAAAGAAUUUAACUCCUAAAAUUACUGGACUCGGCAGAUUUUUCACAAUUGUACUCUUGAUCUCGAACCUUUGUUACCCUAAUUUUAAAUUAACCAACGAUUUACCUAAUGUCGGAACCCUUUCAUCCCCUGCGGUUCUUAAAAACGACCCCCUACUGUUCCCGCUAUAACUAAUAUUAUCCACGAAACAUAUAUCUACCAAAUUAGUACUACAGCCCGUGUCUACUACUAUAUUUACUGUCCUAUUCCCUAAUUUCCCUAAAACCGGUAACACCCUAUGUAGUAUAUGUAUCUCGAUGUUCACAUACAAGUAUGGAGAGUAGCCGAAUCACUCGAUGUUGCGAGGCCCUCUCUCGAGGCAACAAUGUAAUGGUGUGUGCAAUAAAACGUGUCUCUCCUGUGAUAGUUUCAUUAUCAAUUGAGAAACCCAAAAUUAAGAACACAACAUGGUGUCAGGUGUGAAACAAGUCUAAUUGAAAAUGUCACAAACGCAGAAUAGUGCCACACAACUCGGAUGUUGGAAGAUUUGAAAAAUCGAGGUUAGGAUGUUACAAAAACACGUGAACCAAGGAAGAUGGAAGGAGUUAACAAACCACCGACGCUAAAAAUAAAAGGAGUUCCCAACGUCAACUGGACCAAAUGGUACAAUACAUUUGAAACAUUUCGGGAUUAGACGAAGCCACGGAGAAAAGGAAAACAGCGCUGCUACUUAACCUCAUUGGCGAAGAUGCUCAAGAGUUGAUGAAUAAUUUCGUAUGGGCCACAGCCGAAGAAAGGGGAAACUUCAGAGCAGUAGUCAACAAAUUCAAGGAUUACUGCCAGCCUUUGAAGAAUAUCACGAUCGAGAGGUUCAACUUUAACAGCAUUGUCCAAAGAGAAGGAGAGACAUUUGAUUCAUUCGUAACGGAACUACAAAACAAGGCAGCCACCUGUAAGUUUGGUACAUUGAAGGAAGGAUUAAUCCGAGAUCGCAUAGUGUACGGAAUCCGAGAUAAAGCUUUACAGAAGAGAUUGCUACGAGAACCAAAUUUAUUGUUGGCUGAUUGCAUCCAGUACUGUCGUGCCGCCGAGCAGAGUGAACGACAAGCCCAGUUGUUUCAAAAUGGAGCAAGAGUAGAAGCUGUGAAGAAAGAGCAAGUUACGAAGAAAAUGGAGAACUGUCACAAGUGUGGAAGACGACACGAAGCAAGGAAAUGCCCCGCAUUUGGAAAAACCUGUCUACAUUGCAAGGGUAGAAAUCAUUUCUCGACGGUGUGCAAGAAGAAAAAUCAAGUGGAAACUGAAAACAGACGAAGCGGACCAAUUCCAGAUAGAAAAAAAAUUAAAGAAGUAACAGAAGAAGGAAGUUCUGAAGUUUUUUCGUCUCCGAAGUGUCGGGAGAAAAUUCUAAAGCCUGGUAUGAGUAUUUAUCGAUAAAUAAUGUCGCAGUGAAAUUUAAACUUGACUCAGGAGCGGAGGUAAAUAUUUUGCCAAUGUACAUUUUAGAUAAAUUGUCAAUUCAAUUAAAUUGUAUUUUUCCAUAUAAGGGAACUUUGUUAACAUUUGGCAAUAUGAAACUAAAUACGACUGGAAAAGUUACACUAGAGUGUAAAUAUAAAGACAAUGUAAAGCGUCUUGAGUUUGUUGUUGCAGAUGUAAAAUCUCAACCUAUUUUAGGGUUAGCAGGCUGUAUCUCAUUAAAUUUGAUUAAAAGAAUUGACCAAAUUAACAAAAACUACUGUACUGUUAAUGAUGUAAUAGAUGAAUAUAGAAAUGUUUUUAUAGGCGUAGGUGUAUUGGACACAGCACAUCACAUAGAAAUCGACAAAGACAUUAUUCCUGUUGUUCAUCCUCCUAGACGCAUUCCUUUAUCACUCCAGCCCAAACUAGAAGAGACCUUGAAAGAAUUGGAACGCCAAGGAAUUAUUGAGAAGGUGGAAUAUCCGACAGAUUGGGUUAACAGUCUAGUGAUUGUUGAGAAGAAAACAGGACAGCUGAGACUCUGCUUGGACCCUAAGGAUUUGAACAAAGCCAUAAAAAGGGAGCACUAUAUGAUACCCACAGCCCAGGACAUAAUUCCACGUUUAGCUGGUAAGAAGAUUUUUACAGUAAUAGAUAUGAGCGCUGGAUUCUGGCAUGUGCCUUUAGAUAAGGAAAGUUCAGAUUUGUGUUGUUUGAACACCCUUGUGGGUAGAUACAAAUUUUUACGGAUGCCAUUCGGAAUUAAAUCGGCUCCAGAAGUUUUUCAAAAACAUGUCAUUCGUAUUUUUGGCCAUAUAUCGGGAGUAAGCGUUAUUUUUGAUGAUCUCAUCAUCGCGGCAAAUAAUGAAAAGGGCCACGAUGAGAUUUUACAAAGAGUCUUAAACACAGCUCUAGAAAACAAUAUAAAAUUUAACAAGGAUAAAAUUCAGUUUAAAAUAAAAAGCGUACGAUAUAUGGGAAACAUAAUAACGGACAAGGGUAUAAAGCCAGAUGACGAUAAAGUACGUGCAAUACGAGAAAUGUCUGAGCCCAAGUGCAAGGAAGAAGUAAAACGUUUUUUGGGAAUGAUAAAUUUUCUUUCGUCAUUUAUUCUUAAUGUAGCAAUAAUUAAUGCCCCAUUAAGAGAGCUACUGAAGCAAAACGUUGAGUGGCAUUGGACCCAUAGGCAUACAGAAGUCUUCAAUAAAUUAAAAGAAUUACUUAGUAAACAACCGACCAUGAAAUAUUUCGACCCAAAGGAAAAUAUCGUUAUCCAAACAGAUGCUUCAAAGAAAGGGAUAGGUUGUUGUUUGUUACAGAACGGACAGCCAGUGGCUUAUGCUUCAAGAGCAUUAACGGAAACAGAAAUCAAUUACGCACAAAUUGAGAAGGAACUGCUUGCAGUAGUGUACUGUUUAGAAAAAUUUCAUUAUUAUAUUUACGGAAGACACGUGACGGUGCAAACAGAUCACAAACCACUACUAGCAAUAACUAGAAAGAAUAUAGGACAAACGACAGCAAGACUACAACGUAUGUUGUUAAGAACAUUGAAAUAUGACUUUCAUUUGGAAUUCAUUCAAGGAAAACAUAUGUAUCUAGCUGAUACUCUUUCUAGAAACUUUUUGAAGGAUAGGGUAAAAGAUGAUGAAGAUUUGGAAUCUGUAGUACACAGUAUAUCGAAACAUAUAGCUGUGACGAAGGAGAAGAAAGAAAAAAUCAAAGAAGCAAUGAAUACGGACAAGUCAAUGCUAGAACUUCUGAACUAUUGCAAAAAUGGUUGGCCUAAAAGGAAGACACAAGUGCCGGAAACAAUAAAAUUUUAUUGGAAUAUUAGAGACGAACUUUCUACCGAUGACGGUUUGAUUUUCAAAGGAAACAGAUUAGUCAUUCCCCAGACUUUUCGUGAAGACAUUCUAUCACAAAUAUACGAAGGACAUCAGGGCAUUGAAAAAUGUAAAAUUCGGGCAAGAUCGACUGUGUACUGGCCUGGAAUUUCCAAACAAAUAGAAAAUAUGGUAAUGCGUUGUUGGAUCUGUGAAAAAUAUAGACAUCAAAAUCAGAAGGAAUCACUAAUUCCUCACCCGGUUCCAGAUUGCGCUUGGAAGAAGAUUGCUGCUGAUAUAAUGACGUUUAGAGGAAUGGAUUUUCUAAUAGUAAUCGACUAUUUCUCAAACUGGUUGGAAAUAAUUCGCUUGCAAGGAAAAACAGCGGCACAUUUGACCAUCAAAUUUAAAGAAAUUUUUUCCCGAUAUGGAAUUCCUGAAGAGCUUGUAUCAGACAACAUGCCUUUCGAUAGUUACGUAAUUUAGAAGAUUCGCUACGGAAUGGGAUUUUUCCCUCAGCACGUCAAGUCCACGUUAUCCACAAUCCAAUGGAAUGGCAGAAAGGGGAGUGCAAAUUGCAAAAAACAUUCUUCGCAAGUCGUAUGAAGAAAAUACAGACAUAUAUCCAGCACUACUCGCAUACCGGAAUACUCCAAUUAAAACAACCAGGGUUUCGCCCACGCAGGCCAUGCAAAACAGGACCCUCAGAGAAAAACUACCGAUUAAGACCGAGUGUUUACGACCUCAAAUUCCUAUAAAUAUUAAAAGGGAUAAGGAGCUUGCACAAACGAAAACAAAAAAAUAUUAUGACAGAAAUGCAAGAGAUUUACCUAGUCUAAGUAAAAAUCAAAGUGUUCUAGUCAAGACAGGCAGAAUUUGGAAACCUGGAAAAGUAGUAGACAAACAUAAAAAACCGAGGUCAUACAUCGUUCAAACAGAAUCAAGCUUCAUUCGGCGAAAUAGGAAAGACCUAAGGCCUUCUAUGAAUGCCCCACCAGUAUUCAUGGAAGAACAAGAAGAGCUUUUCAAACCCAAGGUAAACUCUCAAAUUCAAGACCGAACAGAAAUUCCCAGUUCCCCAAUUCGUGACCUAACUAGUCCUGCCAGAAAUACUUGCCCAACUAUGACAACUCCUACCAUGCCCAUGACAAGACCAAAACGCACAAUUAAACUACCACAGAAAUAUCAUGAUUUUGUUAUGUAACGUUUUCGAAUUUUAUAAUAAUUUGUUUAGUUUGUUUUCUUUUUAAACGUAUAAAAAAAGGGGGAGAUGUAGUAUAUGUAUCUCGAUGUUCACAUACAAGUAUGGAGAGUAGCCGAAUCACUCGAUGUUGCGAGGCCCUCUCUCGAGGUAACAAUGUAAUGGUGUGUGCAAUAAAACGUGUCUCUCCUGUGAUAGUUUCAUUAUCAAUUGAGAAACCCAAAAUUAAGAACACAACACCCUAUACGGCGUCCCGAAACUAUUUACAUCGCUUGUGAGGACAACAUCCGGACGCACAGUAGAUGUCGUCCUUACGCUUUUGUGUUACCCCCUCGAUUCGAUUUUUGAUUUUUUCCGUAAUUCCCGUUUUUACAUGUCGCGGCGAAAUGUCCUAAUUUUCCACAUGUAAAACAUUUUUCCCCCAUUUAUCGUUUUUGUUUCCCACGAACGACACGCUGCCGCAAAAUGGCCUGGUUUGAAUUGAAGCACUUUGGUCUUCCAUCCCUUGUCCUUGUGUGAAGCAAUCGACUUUGUUCCUUUUUCUGUUGUGUUGUCUCUUUUGCCCUCGCACCAUUAGACACCCAAGAUCUCCCCCGUUCUUGGUUUGACGCGAAGAAAAACGCACUUUCCGACGCCAGAUUAUUGAAAAAGGUCUUUAUUUUGAUACCACUAAUUCGAAAAACGAGAUCUUUCAAGUCCUGGCCGCUCAUGUUUGGAUUGCUGAACAUAUAAAAUGUCUCAGCCAAUGACGGUAGAAGCCCAUCUUCAAAUUGCGCAAUAAACGACUCGUCGCUCAUAUUUGGGUCAAUCUCUUGUUGCAACGACACCAAUUCGAAGUAGUAGGACUUAAUGUCCUCGUUUGCCGCCUGUUUUCGAUUUUGGAAUUUUAUACGCGCUGCCCGUUUUGAACUUGCACCCCCGAAUUUCGCAAGAAAAUCCUCACUCUCAGCUGUUUCCAUGUUUUUUGUUCGUUUGCAGUGUUUCCUGCAUAUCGCGAAUACCAUCCCGACGCGGCUUUUUCCAAAAAGAUCGGAAAAUAUGAAAUUUUUAGGCCGACAUCCCAUGAAUUAACUAGUGAAACUCUAUUGUACGUAUCGAUAAAAGUAGCGGGGUCCGAUGUUGCAGGGUUGAAUGUCAGUGGGGAUAAAAAUUUUGGUCCUGCGGGGGUUUUCGCGGUAGACAAUGCUUGUUUUAGGAUAAUAUUCGCCAUUUCAGUUAUUUCUGUUUCGACUUUUUGACUUGACUGAUUUUCCUCUUCUUCCGCUUCGGAAUCCACAGGUGUGUUUUGCUCACUAUUAUGAUCACUCUUCUCUUGCCCUUUACCUACCUGUUUUUCCUAACUUCGAGUAUUUUCUUCAAAGUAUCAUACGUCCCUUGCUGUACCAAAUCUUGGGCGGUCACGAUAAUAGCAGUCUCUCUUAUUGGCGAUACUUACGGUAUUUCAAAUAACUCGGUACUUCUAUGCAGCUGUCUAAAAUUCAAAUAUUCUUUUUCCUUUGCUUCCCUUUCUUUACUACGCGUCUUAUAUCUAUUUACACCCGACAUUCACGCGACCCCGACUUUUUCCGAACUACACCCACAUCAUACUAAUCUCAACCCUUUUUUCUAUAUUACUCACUUGCAUCAUUGAAAACAAAACAUCAGGAAUAUGACGAUUUGUUCCUCCGAGAACUUAAGGGCGCCUCCACCAUAUGUCACAACGGCGCCUCUGCCAUAUGUCAUAGGCUGGGAUUAAAAGUCAUGUGGGUGGUUUUGUAUAAAAAGGUUUAGUUACAGAAAUGACUAGAUUUUGACGAGAAUGUCUACUUACAUUUGUUGUGGGGCGGUCAUGUUUCUAAAGGGGCACAUGUCACUUUUGGGUAGCACAAACUAAACGGCACUACGCAGGACUCAGAAGGACUGUACUCGACUCCACUCGACUAAACUGGACUCCCUAAUGUUCCUCGUUUUUAUUAUGCUUCGGCAAGCUGACUCGACAGUAUUGAUAAUGUUUCCGUGUUACACUUAUGAAACACAUCGUAACCCAGACCUCUUUUUGAAACAUAAUUUUUGUUACGGAAUAUUAGUUUACAUGGUUGUGGACCCCGACUACAUCAAGCAAGUGCUAAUCAAAGACUUUCAAUAUUUCAUUGAUCGUGGGAUUUAUUCUAACGAAAAAGAUGACCCAAUUUCCCACAACCUCUUCAGUGCUAAUGAGACAAAAUGGAAAUAUUUGAGGACGUUACUAAACCCAUCAUUCACCUCAAAAAAAAUCAAAGCAAUGUUCACCAUUCUACUAGCUUGUGAAAAAUUCCUAACACAAAACGUGGAAAAUAACCAAGUCAUUGAUGCCAAUCACAUUUUUGCCAACUUUACCAUUGACGUAAUCACAACUUGUGCCUUCGGUUUGGACUGCAAUGGAAACCAGAACUUGGCACUGAAGCACUUUGGAGAAAAAACAAUCAAUUACUCGAAACUCAAAAUGUUUGUCUUAAUGUUGGCUUCGAUUUUUCCAAAACUGGCUAAAAAAUUUGGCUGUGUAAUUAUGCACAAAAACACGCAAGAAUUCUUCGUACAAUUUGUGGCUGACAUUAUAAAAUUUCGAGAAGAAAAUAAUUACACACGAGACGAUUUUAUGCAAUUUUUAAUUAAACUUAAGAACAAAAGUGCCAAACAGGUGUUUACACUUGAAGAAGUCGCUUCACAAUGUGUUUUGUUUUUUAUAGCGGGAUUUGAAACGUCUCAUGCUACUAUGAGUUUUGCAUUGUACGAAUUGGCCAAACACCAAGACAUACAACAAAAGGUGAGAGAAGAGUUUUGGGCGGUUGUAGACAGUCAAGAGAGUGAAAUAACAUAUGAAGCCGUCCAAAAAUUGAAAUAUUUGGAUCAGGUUUUGAACGAAACUUUGAGGAAAUAUCCAGUUGUGAUGUAUUUGACAAGAAGGUGCAUAAAAGAUUAUAAAGUACCAGAAGAUGGAGCUGUAAUUGAAAAAGGCACCACUGUGAUAAUACCAACUGUUGCGCUUAACUAUGACGAAAAUUAUUACCCAAAUCCUAAAAAAUUCGAUCCUCAGAGAUUUAGUGAAGAAAACAAGAAGUUGAGGCAUCCCUGUAUUCAUCUACCGUUCGGUUUAGGUCCCAGGUUUUGCAUUGGAAGACGAUUCGCUUUGAUUCAAGUCAAGGUGGGACUUGUCUUACUUUUGAAAAAUUAUAGCUUUACAGUGAAUCCAAAUACCCGCGAACCUAUAAAGUUGAAAAUACAUUCUUUUAUUUCGGCACCCGAAGACAAAAUACUUUUGGAUGUACACAAAUUGUAAAUAAAUUAAAGAAUAAAUUUGUAAA